AUGCCCAGGUACACGGCGCACGUGCGCGGAGAGUGGCUGGCCGUGCCCUGCCAGGACGCGCAGCUCACGGUGGGCUGGCUGGGCCGCGAGGCCGUGCGGCGCUACAUCAAGAACAAGCCCGACAACGGCGGCUUCGCCUCGGUGGACGACGCCCGCUUCCUCGUGCGCCGCUGCAAAGGCCUGGGCCUGCUGGACAGUGAGGACCCGCUGGAGGUGGCCCUGGAGGACAACGAGUUCGUGGAAGUGGUUAUAGAAGGAGAUGCUAUGUCUCCCGACUUCAUUCCUUCGCAGCCAGAAGGAGUUUACUUAUACAGCAAAUACCGGGAACCUGAGAAGUACAUCUCCUUAGAUGGGGACAGUCUGACCACAGAGGACCUGGUCAGCUUGGGCAAGGGACACUACAAAAUCAAGCUCACCCCCACUGCUGAAAAGAGGGUGCAAAAAUCCAGGGAAGUCAUAGACAGAAUCGUGGAAGAAAAAACUGUUGUUUACGGCAUUACUACGGGUUUUGGGAAAUUUGCCAGAACUGUAAUUCCUGUCAGUAAACUCGAAAAAUAUCAGUUCUGUUUUGUAGGUGUUGGGAAACCACUAAUCCCUGAGAGAUGCCGGAUGCUCUUGGCUUUAAGGAUCAAUGUCUUAGCCAAAGGAUACAGUGGCAUUUCCCUGGAGACUCUCAAACAAGUUAUCGAAGUAUUUAAUGGUAAUGCAAUGGAUCCCCAAAUAACCCUCCAUGCAGGCUGGGUCCUCGCAGCUCAUGGAUUGAAGCCAAUUGUUUUGAAACCAAAAGAGGGUCUGGCGCUCAUCAACGGGACGCAGAUGAUCACCUCCCUGGGCUCUGAGGCUGUGGAGAGGGCCAGCGCCAUCGCUCGGCAAGCUGACAUAGUGGCGGCCUUGACCCUCGAGGUGCUCAAGGGUACCACCAAAGCCUUCGAUACUGACAUUCACGCUGUUCGUCCUCAUCGUGGGCAAAUUGAAGUUGCUUUUCGGUUUCGGUCCCUCUUGGACUCAGAUCACCACCCAUCUGAAAUAGCAGAAAGUCACAGGUUCUGCGAUCGUGUUCAAGAUGCAUACACCUUGCGCUGCUGUCCACAGGUCCAUGGUGUGGUGAAUGACACAAUAGCAUUUGUGAAGAACAUCAUAACCACGGAAAUUAACAGUGCAACAGAUAACCCUAUGGUCUUUGCCAACAGGGGAGAGACUAUUUCUGGAGGAAACUUCCAUGGUGAAUAUCCAGCCAAAGCCCUGGACUAUUUGGCCAUUGGUGUCCAUGAACUUGCUGCAAUUAGUGAAAGAAGAAUCGAAAGACUCUGCAAUCCCUCCCUCAGCGAGCUGCCUGCCUUCCUGGUGGCCGAAGGCGGUCUGAAUUCUGGAUUCAUGAUAGCCCACUGCACCGCUGCAGCCCUGGUUUCUGAGAACAAGGCUCUGUGCCACCCCUCGUCCGUGGACUCCCUCUCCACCAGCGCGGCCACGGAGGACCACGUCUCCAUGGGAGGAUGGGCAGCCAGGAAGGCUCUCAGGGUCAUUGAGCAUGUGGAGCAAGUGUUGGCCAUCGAGCUUCUUGCAGCCUGCCAGGGCAUAGAGUUCCUCCGCCCCUUGAAAACCACCACUCCACUGGAGAAGGUCUAUGACCUGGUGCGCUCUGUCGUGAGGCCCUGGAUAAAAGAUCGCUUCAUGGCCCCAGACAUUGAGGCAGCGCACAGGCUGCUCGUAGAGCAGAAGGUUUGGGAAGUAGCUGCACCAUACAUUGAAAAAUACAGGAUGGAGCAUAUUCCGGAAUCAAGACCUGUUUCUCCAACAGCAUUUUCACUGGAAUUUCUGCACAAGAAAUCUACCAAGAUCCCAGAGUCUGAGGAUCUUUAAUGCUUUUUGUCAUGAAUUAGCAGAUUAGAUAGCACUUAAUUUUACAGAAAACAGUACUAUGCUGAGGGAGAGACCUGAGAACUUUCUCAGGUAGAUCAAUCUAUUAUAUGGUUUGGGUCUUAUAAUACCUGCUGUGGUUAGGCUGGUGAUAAUAUUACAUUUACUAAACCUAGUACUGUGUUCUUGUUGACCUGGUUAGGGAUGUAAACGGUGUUUCCGGGUUAUAGGACUUUAAUUAUUUCUUAAUGAUAUCUACAGGUCACUCAUUCCUUAGGAUGAGAAGAGUAACCACAAUUGUGUGGAUGUUUGACUCUUGACAUUAGAUGAACUCAAAUCUUGAAAAAGAUUGAUGGCAUUCUUUUCCAAAAACAUUAGACUUCUGUGAAUCUUUCUUUUGUUUUGGUUUUUUGGUUUUUUCUCUUUGUUUUUGCUUUGACAAGUUCUAGUUAACUUUGGUGGAUUAUACUAAGCCAUGAUAUGAUGAAUGUCCCUUAAUAUGUCUUUGUAAACAAUACUUUUUAAGUCAUAAUUUGUUCUCAAGCUACUUCUUAUUAGUUGAAUUGUAGUAAAGAAUAGUCAAUUGGUCAACAAGACAUUCUGCGUCAAGGAGUUAAGGAAUGAAUAGAAAGAUUGCUAUUAGAGUGGUUCUCAAUGAACUGUUUCAUAUAUAUCAAAUGCCACUAUACAUAUCAAAGAAAGGAUUCAGAUGCUUAAACUGUAGUAGGAGGUUAGUGUUAUUGCUGCCUUAUUACGUGUGAGUACUUUGUUCAUGUUCUUGUAAUAACCUAGCUUAAGAAGCCUCCUCAUUUCACAGGUAAGGAAUCUGAUGUUUAGAAGUUAACCAGCCCUUCUUUGUAACGGUAAUCAUUAAAACAAGGCCCUGUUGGCAGAGAUCAGAUGGGCCUCAGGAUGUUACCCAGUGAGGAAGAUAAAGGACCCCUUGGGAAGGCUUAAGUGUAAUUGUCCAGAAGAAGGCUGGAUCUAGUGACUUCUUGACUCCCUGAGGCUAUGACUCUGCACCAUUCUGUGCAAACAAGAGCAAAGCUCGCUCCAAGUGCAGUGAAACCGUGGCUCUAACGACUGCGUUUGGUCAAGGAAAGGGCAGCAUGCUUGCCCGCUUUCCCGCCUGAUGACAGCCUUAAAUGGUCCAACAUGCAUUUCACAGCAGAGUUUUUCCUAAUUGCAGCCUGUCCACAGGAAAGGUGGAGACAGAGGUACAAAUGAAAAUGUGCUGAGGAACCUGUUGACCAAAAGGUGGUUCUUGAUGCUGUUCUUUGCUGGAAACGUGGACACAGGAGUGACGUUUAUUCAUUCUCAUCCACGAGCUGCAGUGGAGCAAGUCAGCCCAGUGGUUUGAGGCUGUUUGUCACUUUGCUGUGGGGUUUUCUGGUGGCCAGGGCUUGUCCUCUGGGCCCUUUGUUAUUGAGUUUUCUAUACAGCUCUGUCACUGUGCCCUCAAGGGAAUUUCAAGGUAAAUGUGGAAUAAACUAAGUCUUUACUGUCUUA